AUGACCACCAUAGGUUCCCUGAGAAGUCCAAGCUUUAUUGCGUUGCUGGUAGGAAUGGCUAUCCCACCACUAGUGCUCCACGAAAUGGGGUCCAGGUAUCCGAACAUGAUCUACCGAACAGAGGACGAGCGCAGCUUGCGCAAACUCCAAAAAGACCUCGAUAUGUUCAACGGCCGGCUUGCCACGCUCGAAAGCGUGGUGUCAGGCAAACCGAAGUUCCAUUAA